AUGGAUUUGAUGCAGAACUUGAGGAGAAAGGGGCACCAUGAGCGCAUUUUGAACGAGUGUUCAGAGGACGGAAUCUACUGGCAUUUUAAUCCUCCCAGCGCCCCUCACUUUAGUGGACUGUGGGAAGCGGCGGUGCGUUCGGCCAAAAUUCAUCUGCUGAAGGUUCUAGGACAGCAUGUAGUACUGUUUGAAGAUUUGCAGACGCUGCUCACACAAGUCGAGGCAUGCCUAAACUCGCGGCCAUUAACCGCCCUUUCUGAUGAUCCAAUGGAUUUAAAGCCGCUCACACCGGGCCAUUGUUCAAUUGGAGCAUCACUGCAAGCUGCACCAGACUGCAACUAUGUGCAGAUUUCCGAAGGUCGUCUGAAGUGCAAGCCACGCAGCAGAAUUUGCAACACUUUUGGAGCCGGUGGAAAGUAG